AUGCUUCACCACGACAAGAACACUGCGGCUACCGCCCAGGACAACUCGUCCACCGAAAAGGUCGACUAUGAGAAGGCCGUCUCUCUCCACGAGAACACCUCCGAUGAGGUCUUUGACGUCAAGUCCACCAAGCGUCUUCUCCGCAAGAUGGACACCCACCUCCUCCCCUUCCUCGCCCUCCUCUACCUUCUUUCCUUCCUCGAUCGUGCCAACAUUGGCAACGCCAAGCUGGCCGGUCUCGAGGAGUCCCUGGGCAUGACUGGCAAGUGGGACUACAAUAUCGCCGUGUCCGUCUUCUUCCCCUUCUAUGUCGCGGCUGAGAUCCCAUCCAACCUGGCCAUGAAGCGAUUCCGCCCCUCUAUCUGGAUCCCCUUCAUCAUGAUUAUCUGGUCUGCCAUGACCUGUGUCAUGGGUGUUGUCCACAACUUUGGUGGUCUCCUCGCUACCCGCAUGGCUCUCGGUCUUGCUGAGGGUGGUCUCUUCCCCGGUAUCACCUACUACAUCACCAUGUGGUACAAGCGCCACGAGUGCGGUCUCCGCAUGGCCAUCUUCUUCUCCGCUGCCACUGCUGCUGGUGCCUUCGGUGGUCUCCUGGCCCGUGGCAUCAUGGAGAUGGACGGUGUUGGUGGUCUCGACGGCUGGGCCUGGAUCUUCAUCCUCGAGGGUCUCGUCACCUUCUGCUUCGCUGUCAUGGCCUUCUUCGUCAUGUACGACUACCCCGACACUGCCAAGUUCCUCGACGACACUGAGCGCAAGGAGGUUGUCCGCCGCCUCGAAGAGGACCGAUCCGUUCUCUCUGAUGAGUUCAAGUGGCAGUUCUUCCGUGAUGCCCUCAAGGACUGGAAGAUCUGGGUCCACAUGGUCAUCACCAUCGGCAUCUACACCCCUCUCUACUCCAUCUCCAUCUUCCUGCCGACCAUUGUCAAGGGUCUCGGCUACACCAACGAGAUGGCUCAGCUCAUGACUGUCCCUCCCUAUGUCGUCGCCUGCCUGUUCACCAUCGCCGGUGGUUACGCCGCUGAUAAGCACGGUCAGCGUGGUAUCUACAUGAUCUUCUUCUGCUGCGUCGCCAUCGUCGGCUUUGUCAUUCUUGCUGCUGUCGAGUCCAACGGUGCCAAGUACUUCGGUGCCUUCAUGAUCACCUGUGGUAUCUACCCCAACGUUCCUCAGGGUGUCGCCUGGAACGGCAACAACAUCGGUGGCUCCCUCAAGCGAGGUGUCGGUAUUGCCAUGCACGUCGGCUUCGGUAACCUCGGUGGUGCCGUCUCUGGCUUUGUCUACCGCAAGGAUGAUGCUCCUCACUACAAGUCCGGCCAUGCUACCCUCAUUGGCACUACCACCAUGAGCUGCAUCCUCUCCAUCCUCAUGACCAUCUACCUCCGCCGCGAGAACGCCCGCCGCGACAACACUCACAAGGCUCCCCAUGAGUACACCCGCGCCGAGAAGGAGUUGGAGCAGGACUCUGGCGACAACGCCACCUUCUUCCGAUACACCGUCUAA